AUGGCUAAACGACUCGCCCAAUCACUUCGUGCCUGGUCAGCGUUGGGGCGCAAGUCCCGCACUUCGUUCCAUGGCACUGGCCUGGAGCUUCCUCCCGAACCCAAGAUCGAAGAGGAGAAGGUUCCAGGCUUCAAGCCCAGUGCCUAUUUCCCCGUUAAACCUGGAUACAUUUUCAAUGAUCGCUAUGAAGCUCUGACCAAGCUUGGCUGGGGAGUGAGCUCCACCGUCUGGCUUGUCCGCGAUCUCCAACAAUGGAAAUGGCUACCAGAACGCUACCUGACAUUGAAAAUCGGGACUUGCAACUACGCAGAAGGCCACGAAAGCCAUGAACUCAAUAUGGAAAAGUGCAUCCGCGACGCCAAUCCCAACCACCUAGGCCACUCUAUUCUGAGAACCUUCAUUGAUUCUUUCGAAGAGAAAAGCCCCAAUGGGACACACAUCUGUCUGGCCUACGAGCCACUGCGAGAGCCCUUGACACUUCUACAAGGCCGGUUCAACAACGAAACAUUCCCUCUUGACAUCUUCAAAGCCUACAUGAAAUUCCUCCUACUAGGACGACUACUUGCACUCCGAAUGCAAGAUCAUCCAUACCGCUUUGCCCAAUCCCAGCCAUCAAAACCUAUGUCCCAAAAGACAAUCGGCGACUAUACCAUUUACCUCUGCCACAAUAACUUCGGCCGCCCCAAAUCCCUUGACUUCCUUCCAAUUCUAUCUGACUUUGGAUCCGCUCAAUUCCAACUCGACAACGUCACAAACACCUGGCCAAUCCAACCGGAUUGCUACCGCGCACCCGAGGUACUCCUCGGCGCGGGCUGGUCAUACAGCGCCGACAUAUGGAACCUAGGAGCAAUGAUGUGGGAACUGAUCGAAGACAAAAUUCUCUUCUCCAACGCCCGCGACUCAAACCUAAGAGGCACCCCGGCAGCUCAUCUCGCGCAGAUGAUAGCCUUUCUCGGCCCGCCACCUCGGGAAUUGAUAGCCCGGGAGAAAGAAGGACUCAACCGAACAUUCGGUAUCGGAUUACGGAAUCCAGAAGGAAAGCUUUGUAACUCGCCUGCCGAGUGGUUCGAUGGGCCUUUCUUUGACGAGAAUGGAGAAUUCCUACACAAGCACCUCAUCCCAGAGAACCAGACUCUCGAAGACACAGUAACCUGUCUCAAGGGUACAGAGAAAGAUGAAUUUCUGGCCUUCGCUAGGAAUAUCUUGCAAUGGCUGCCUGAAGACCGGAAGACGGCCAAGGAGUUAGCUGAGGAUCCGUAUUUGAGUGAAAUCAUGAUAACAGUCAAAGAGAGUAAAUCGUGA